ACAGUAACAGGUUAUUUUUGAGUUUGUAUCGGUGUGUAAAAUGUCUGUGAAUUUAGACAAGAUAAGUUCUAAUUUGCUGAAGAGUUCUACAUCCGGUGAGCAAGUGGAGCUCAGCUCAUUAUGGAAAGAUCAGAUGACUGUGUUCUUCUUCCUGCGUCGCUUCGGGUGCCAGAUCUGUCGAUGGGCCGCAGUGGAGCUCAGCAAACUGGAGAGGGACCUAAAGGCGAACGGAGUGGCCCUUGUUGGUAUCGGCCCUGAAGAAACAGGAGUCAAAGAGUUCCAGGAAGGAGGUUUCUUUAAGGGAGAUAUAUACAUUGAUGAAAAAAAACAGUGCUACAAAGACCUAGGAUUCAAAAGGUAUAAUGCGCUCAACGUGAUUCCUGCUGCUAUGGGAAAGAAAGUACGAGACAUUGCUUCAAAGGCAAGCGAACAAGGAAUUCAGGGCAAUUUCACUGGAGACCUGCUACAGAGUGGCGGCAUGCUGAUAGUAGCCAAAGGUGGUGAGAGGGUACUACUGCACUUCAUUCAAGAUACACCAGGAGACCUUGUGCCACUUGAGGACAUCACCAAAGCUCUGGGCAUCAGUGCCAAUGUGCAGGCUGGGGUGAAACCACAGUGCAAUGAUGAUGUGUGUACAAGAUGAAGAACUGAUGAUUAUCAGGCUCUUGGAUAAAAGCUAAAGGACCAUGAGGAGCAUGGCUGGACUGUACGAGAUUCGUAAAUGUGACACUAAUCAAUGUGUUAUAAUUCAACAUGCAAUUUAACCAUUGUUGCAUUGCACAAAUUUUAUAGUGAUUUUUAAUCUGUUGUACAAAUGUUUGUUUGGUUUUGAGUCAGACUGACCAAAACCUGCUCCUGCAUGAUGAGAAAUUACAGCCAGAAAAUUCAAAAGGUAAAUGAACUAUUGAUUAGGAUCUGUGCAUUAUUUACCGAAACUUGGACAUAUGUUUAAAAUUAAUGAGUCUCAGAUAAACAAAUAAUUUUUUAAAAUCUUUAAUCUUUAUUAUUAUCUGAAAAUAACAGUAAUAUAAUAAUGUAUUUCUUUUAUAAUAUGUAACUAUAUUUUUUCCAUAGCCAUAUUCAUUUAAAUAAACAUCAGUAGCAGAACAGAAGAUCAUUAUUAUACACAGUUUUAAAGUAAACAAGGUAUAGUUCUCAAUGAACACACAAAGUAGUUCAAAUCCACAAGAGAAAAUAUAUAUAUUUAGGAGCAGUGCUGCACAGUGUUGACUGGAUGAGAAGUAUUUACAUAGCAGCAUCAGAAAUUAAAUGACUACAGCUGCAAAUGCAUUCAAUUAUGAACCGAUUCAGUUUCUGAUAAAUACUUGGCAUUUCAAAAGGCUUUUAAUGCACUUAGGAGGUUUGCAUGAUUAAACAUGCGACAGUUCAUGCAAGUCUUAGUUCACCUGGCAAAAUGUAAAACUGUCCUCAUUAAAACAUAUUCAAUACUAGAUAAGUCAUAGAAUAUAUGUAAGACAUUUAAAAUUCACAAAAUGCCAUAUUGAAGUACACACUUGGCAUAAUUGUCCACAAAUUAUCUUUACUCCUACAUACAGAAAUAGGAUAGAUAAAUAUACAAUAAAAUAUAAUUCUGAAAGCUGACCGUACAAGCAGCAACAAUUACAAUAAACAAAAAGUUCAAAUACCUUCACAAUUACCCAGAUUUCUGCAUUAAAACCUCAUAAAUUUGCUUGUGUGGGUUUAUGAUUUGUCUUAGAGAUUAAUAAAUAUUAUUUCUGUGUAUUUUUGGGUUCUUUUUCACCUCUUUUAGUUUUGCACAUUUUGCACUUGGUCUGACCUAUGCAGCAUGCCGAUUCCUAGGAAGAGCAGCAACAAUACUGAAGGUCACUGUUAUUUUCAGUUUGUGUUACAGUGAUCGGUUGAACACAGGCCUUAUUUUAAGGUUCUUUGAUAUUUGGUACUUUUUUUUUUAAUUUGGACAAGUUUACAUAAACAGAGUUAAAUGUCGAAAAGUCUGAUUAGCAGCAAUAACGAUUACUUUAGCUGCUAAUUAUUAAAGUCAAGGCAUUUUCUUUACAUAAAUAGGACAAUAUUAUAUUUGAGUUAUUAGUUUAGCCAGUAUUUCUUUGUCUAUUAUUGUGAUUUAAAUGAAGGCAUUUUUUGUAAUACAGCAAUUUAGGGAAAUGAUUCGCCCCACUGUCCAGGGGUGUCUAAACUAUUGCGUAACUGUAUAUCUGUUCAAUAAAUUUUGAUGCACAUAGUUCUAGUAAGAAAUCA